AGUGUGUAGUGUAGUGUGUAGAGAGCUCAGCAAAAUCUACUUUUAGGGAAUUAACUUAAUUUAGCUGCGAAUUUUCUCGAAUAAAAUGUCAAACCUUUCAUAAUACCUAAGCCUAUUUUUCAUCAAAUAACCGAUUAGUUUCAGUUAUAAAGUUGGAUUUAAGACCCAAUGUAAUUAAACAUUGACUUAGCCUAGGCCUCAACUUUAUCAGGUUUAAAUCAUUCAAACUUGAACUUAAUAGACUUGUAAAUUAAAAAUGAUUGUAAAGGAAGCGAAGCUAAGUCUCUUUUGUUUUAUAUCUCCUACAAUAUUGCCGGUAUUGUCAUUAAUAACUCCACACUUUAGACUAGACUUAUUGCAUAUCGAUGUUUACAGCAUCAUAUGGUUGAUCUAUUUAACCAACAUUGUAUUUAUGAAUCUCAUAGUUUUUGUUCUGUUCAGUGGAUAUCUGUACCAGGUUGCAGUGAGAGCUACUUUUCUAGGCUCAGUCUUUACUGGAGGGCUGCUAGUGGCAUUCCUGCUACCAAACCCUUGGAUCCCUUAUGGAUGGUACAUGUGUGUCAUGGCAUUCUUCCAUUACUCAGAAUUCCUAACAAUCGCUCUCACUAAUCCAAGGACAUUGACUAUCGAUUCUUUCAUUUUGAAUCACAGCAAUGAGUAUAUGAUUGCUGCUGUGUCUAGCUGGGUUGAAUUUUUCAUUGAAGCAUACUUCUUCCCUGAGUUGAAAACGCUGAGGCUCGUGUCGUAUGUCGGUCUCAGUCUAUGCAUAGGAGGCGAGUGUCUACGUAAGUGUGCGAUGUGGACGGCCCGUACCAACUUCAAUCAUGUGGUCCAGAGUGUACGGCAUAACGACCAUCAGCUGGUGACUCACGGUAUUUACAGCGUCUGCCGUCACCCUAGCUACGUCGGCUGGUUCUACUGGUCGAUGGGCACUCAGAUGAUCCUGGUUAACCCGUUGUGUUUCGUGGCUUAUAUUCUGGCCAGCUGGAAGUUUUUCCACGACCGAAUAAUGGUUGAGGAAAUCACGCUGAUAAACUUCUUCGGAGAACAAUACCUCGACUAUCAGAAGAAAGUUUCAACCGGGCUUCCGUUCAUUAGAGGUACAAGAAGGGUUACGCAGCAACUCGGAACUGUAGAAGAUCAGGGUGAAAUGUUAAGUCGAGUCCCCCAAGUGUCAUAAGCCAACUCGGGAUGUGCCUGAGGGUAUCGUCUAGCAGAGUGAGGUAGGGUUGGGUCGGACAGCCCAGCCGCAGAAUGGCUCACUGCGAAUGACGAUCGACUCACGCUGCAAGAAUCACACUUCCGGCCAUCCGAGGCGGAAGUUUAACAUCAUCCAAGAAAGCUAUGCUGUUUAUAAGUUUGGAAUCAUUCCUUCUUCCUAUUUUGGUUUCCGUUUAAAAUUUCAUUCUGAAAAUAUUUGUUGAAUUUUAUGAAAAUUUGCUACCAGCUGCUUAUACAGUAGGCCUGUAACUCCAAUUGUCCGAACGCCCAUUUUUCGAAUUGCCGAUUAUCCAAAUCGCAUUCAGAAAGAAUUUGAAAAUACCCCUUUGCAGCAAACCUGCAUACUAAGCGAAUUUCCAUUUGCCUGAUUGGAUUUACACUAAAAUAUCUCCUUAAAAAUAUCAUAUUUAUUAUCUAUUUAAAUGUUAAAUAGGAUUUGUUCGUUCGUUGUGAUGUUCUAGUCUAGUGAGCUGAAACCCUACUAGAGAACAUUAGGUUAACGUAACGAGUACUUAGGUUUUCUGCAACAGGGAGGGUAAAUAAUAGUUGUUUGUAAAAUGUAAGUAUUUAAGUAUGAAAUAAAUGCAUUUUAAAAAUUUGAUCAAAAUAUGUUCAUAAACAAGCAAACUACAGCAGUUUGCUUAUUCUCCAUUAGAAUAACAUGUGAACUUUAAAUUUAUGAUUUUUUGGAAUUUUCUCCGUAAAUAUAAGGUGCACAACAACACUUCAAUAAACAAAAUUAAUUUGUUUUUCUUUAUCUGUACCAAAUGGUUUGGAAAUAAAUUGCAAAAUUUUAUGUUUUUAGGGUCAAAAACGGGAAAAACCUAUUUUCAUCCCGUAAAACCCCUAUAAACCCCAGUUCUCAUAGUCAGAUAUUGCUAGUUCACGAACUUGUUCAAAUAAAUGUAGGUUUACACUGAAUUUCAUCAAAAUCGGAUAAUUUUUGCUCAAGUUAACA